AUGGGUAUGCUGAUUCCAUACACAGUUCGUGGACCCUGCCCCAUGAUAAACACGCUCGCCAACCACGAAAUCCUGCCCCGCGACGGCAGGGGAAUUACUAAGGACGUCGUCAUCAGGGCCAUGAAGCAGGGCCUCGACUUCGACCUUGCUUUGGCCGUCAUCAUGUUCGACCAGGCCUUAAUACGCGCAGAGACCGAACGGCUACCGACCGAGCUGGGCUGGCGCGUCAGGGACGAGGUGGUCCGGGUGGAAGCCAUCCUGCGCAUCUCGGACAUGAUCGGAGAGGCGACGAGCCUCCUGACACGCGACCCGGGCGGAGGGCCUGCAGCCAACGUCACGAGACGGACUCCCCUACGUAGGGGGUUCCAUGCCAGCGUGAGACUGGAAGAGUGA